ACUCACCCGCAGAUGUGCGUCCGCGCAACGCGCCUGUUCCGACUUUGGAGGUUCAAACGCAGCAAAAGGUUUAAAAUACUGAGGAGGCUGUGGCGGUAACAUGAAGGCUGUUAUAUUGCUUUUAUUACUGGCAUACAGGCCGUGCAAUAGUAGACCAGCAGACGAAGACUCCGUGGUUAGUGUGUAUACCACUCAAGGCACCACCAGUGGAACCCACCCACCUUUGGACGUCUACCAUCAGAUUGCUAACAAUAUCGCGGAGAGGAUAACAUCACCUAUUUACAGGUUUUUGGGAAUAGGUAAAAAUAAAACUGUCUCCUGGGCGACAACUAAAUCCUGGGGGAAGAUAGAAAUACUAGACGAUAGCUUUGAUGAGGUGACAAAAGCAAAUUAUCUUCCAGUAGAUAACGACAUAUCUAAAGAUAGAGAUGUAGAAGAGCUAUCAGUGGAAGCUCUAAGGAAGAGUGACAGGAAACCUGAAAAGAUUACACUGUACUCUAGUUACUUACCUGUUAAUAGUAACAUAGAGAAUCUUGGAAAUGAUACGACUAAUGAGAUAGAUAGUGAUGAUGAUGAUGACGACAGUUUUACGUUAGAUGACGUCACUGGUGAUAAUGAAGGGUCAAACGAGAAUUAUUUCUUUUACAUUCUAGAAUUGCUGGGGAGCUUUGCACAAUUAUUAUGGGGAGGAAUAACUGCUGUGUUUAAAUCGAGUGGUUCUAGUAAUGAUUCUUCAUGAGUUUUAGUUAUAUAUUUUUUUGUAUAGUAAAUAAACCAAAAUAUUUUAGUCAAACUAUGUAGAUAAAAUGUUAUAGUCAUUAGUCCAUUGGUGGUCAGUACUUAUUUUAUUAACGAUAGUUGCCUCUUUGUAACUGAAAAGUUUUUGUUUGUAAGGUAACAACAUGUUUAUUUAUUUUAUUUUCAUUAAAUUCGAUAUAAGUU